ACCUCUAACCUCCAUUUACUUUUCUCCCCCUCCCUCGUCUGCCCCUAUAUCUCUCGCCCCACCAUUCGCUUUCCUCUCCGUCUCUCCCCCCUCCUCGUCCUCCGCCCCCGCUCCUAGACGCCAAUCGCUACCUGAGCAGCGAGCAAAUCUCUUCCCAUUCGCCGGUGCCGGAGCAGUUCCGCGGCCAAGGUUCCGGUCCAGGAUUUUUUCCCCAGUGUACCGAUGAUGGGUUGCUUUACUGUCCUCAGAUCCAAGAAGAAGAAAAUCCCUUUUGAAAGCCCUCUUGUUGCAGGCAAGAAACCGGCUGAUACCAGGGAAAUUACGUCCUCUAGACUUCCGGAGCCAGAAGUUCAUGUGCCAUCCUUGCAAUCAGCUCCUCCUAGUUUUAGGAACAGGGCUAAAAUCUCCCAUUCGAAAAAUAAAGUUUCUAACAGCAGAGCACGCGUGUUGUCUGCUCCUUCUACCCUUAUUGUGGUUGAUCCGUUUGGCUUUCCAUAUCCUGAAUUCAAAGAUCAAAAUGACUCCAGGGAUAAGGAAGGUUCUGCAAAGGGCCACCGGUUUUCAAACCCUUUGCCCCUUCCUCUUCCUUCACUGGAAGGAAAUUCUUUGAGGAACUUUGGUAGCUUCAAAGCCAGCAACGUAAGUGGGCCACUGGAGACUUCAGGCCCUCUACCACUGCCUCCAAAGAAAUGUGAUGGACUUAGGAUAUUCUCUUACGAGGAGCUUUCAUCUGCUUGUCAGUGGUUUUCUAGUGACCAGUGUGUCUCAGAAACUCUCAGCUCAACAUCAUACAAGGCAACCUUCAGGGAUGAUUUUAAUGGCAUGAAAACCACUGAAGCAACGGUAGCUCGAUUACUCCCCUCCACUCAGGGUUUGAAAGAAUUUAAAACACAAGUGAGCACAUUGGCAUCGCUUCAGCAUCCCAAUAUAUGUAAACUAAUCGGCUUUUAUGCAAGAGAAGGUUAUAAUGAAAGGAUGUUGGUCUAUGAGCGGCUUCAUCAUGGCAGCUUAGAUAAGCUACUCUUUGGGAGACCAGAUGGUCGUUUCAUGGACUGGUCUAAACGUUUGAAGGUUGCCCUGGGUGCUGCCAGAGGUCUAGCUUUCUUACAUGAUGAAGGACCCUUCCAGGCCAUGUACAGUGAGUUCUCAACUUCAAACAUUCAAAUUGAUAAAGAUUUCACUGCUAAGCUUUCGGGAUAUGGUUGUGUUGGCUUCAAUACCGAGGAGAUAUCUAAUGCAUCUGCGUCUGCAGCAAACCUUUCAGUGGAGACCUUGGAGAAAGGUUUACUCACUCCCAAGAGCAACGUAUGGAGCUUUGGAGUUGUCUUGCUGGAGCUAAUAACAGGAAGGAAGAACCUUGAUGUGAAUUCCUCAAAAGAAGAACGCAAUAUUGUCAAGUGGAGUAGGCCUUUCCUUACUGAUGAUAGUCGUCUAUCCCUGAUCAUGGACUCUCGUAUAAAAGGGCGUUUUCCUACUAAGGCUGCUCGAAUUGUAGCGGACAUCAUACUGAAAUGCUUGCACAAAGAUCCAUCGGAGAGGCCAACGAUGAGGGAUGUUAUGGAGUCCCUAGCAAGAGUCCAGGAAAUAAAGGUUCCUUGUCGAUAUCCUCUGCAAGAGCCAUCUGCUGCACCAAGAAAAAUAAUGUUAAAAUCUACCAGCCUCAAUGGCAUUGUUUCCCAGCAUCCUGUCAUAACAUUCUCUCCAUCACCGCCUUCGCAAAACCAACACUUGAUCUCUCCAAGAUCAUCGACAUCUUCAUUGCUUCAUCCAAGGACAUGUUAUUCUACUCUUGAUGAUCCUAGGGUAAACUCUAUCAAGAAAACACCUCCCCCUAUCAUGCGUAGGUCUAGUGUUGAAGGCUUUUGAUUGUUCAUAUUGUUCUUUUCUUUUCUUUUCUUUGAUUUAUUUGUUUUUGUUAGCUUAGUGAUUUUUAGUGCUAUUUGCUGUGUUGUAAGACAAGUGGCCUUCUGUAAUACACUUUAGUAGUAAUAACUAAGCAGAGCAGGGUGAAUUGUAAAUAGGACCAGGUUGUAGAUACUUUUUUGUGCUCUAAUUGGGUGGAAGCAGCAUGCUGUGUGGGCCUUGUAACCUCAUCAUGGAAUAAACUCGUGUUACCCGGUUUUUGUUGGCCGUCAAA